CCCCGCCUGCUACGUCACUCACGCUCACGCCUUUCAGGAAGACCAGACCACCCACGCCCCCCAUCUCUGUGUUCUUGUUAACUUUCAGCCCUGUGCGCUCGCUGAUAGUGAAUCCCUGAUACUUCUCUUUCCUGCUACUCUUUAUCCAUACAACUGGUUUCUGCUUUCUUUGUUUGCCCGUUACUUAAGAUCACUGCCCUGCCUGCAGAAACCGCGGAACAAACCCUUCUCUUUGAGCCCUCUGUAGUUUCCUAAGUUGAGGCCCCAAACUGUACUCAGGAUACUCUCCCUAGCUCCAGCGCUGACUAGAGGGAAUGGAUGGCCUCUCAGUGGGGCUAGACAUAUGUGCAGCUCAUUUACAUAGUGUACACACAGUUGGUUCGCCCACACCCGUCUCCCUUCAAGGUUCUGGACUGCUUUUCCUUUGACAGCCGUGGCCGCUCUUUUACCGGCAUUUCACUUCUAGAAAGGCGAAAGAAGUAUAUAUUACAAACCAUGCAAAGGCAAGUGAAAAUUCAAAUGACAGAGCAGAGCUAAAGAGCUUUUUACAGAGGCCCUUCUGAAGAGACAGAAGAUAUGUGGUCAAGCCCUGGAAGGAUUCCACUGUUUUCUUCUCUGCCAUGAAGAGACUUGGAAAUGAAUGGGUAACAUUUUGCAUGAAAGUUUCUGAAUGCUAUUUGCUCUUACCUCUGAGACCUUUUGUGAAGAAUUAACAGGAGGUUUAAUGCCCAAAUGGAUAAAAUGGGUCAUCUUAAAGGAUUGAAGUUCCAAAAAUACAUCAGCAGGAUUGGACAGGUCUGACAAAUGAGAUUUCUCUUUGAGCUUACUUCUGGAACUAUAAACCGUGCCGCACAAGGUCUUCUAAAUGAUUGAACAAUAUAUAUUUAAUCAUCAGUUUCCUAAGGAAUAAGACUGCGUACCAACUUUUUAAUAUAUGAAAUAGCUAAAGAGCAGCAAUUGCUGUCAUACUGGAAAGGCAACUUAAUUAAAGAAACACCAAGAAGAGGAGAAAUCUCUAUAUAAGCACUGGGCAAGAUGGCAGAAGCUCCUGCAGAUGCCUCAACUCUGCCUGUAACAGUGAAAAAAAAGAAAAGCCUGUCCAUUGAAGAAAAGAUCGACAUCAUAAAUGCAGUAGAAAGUGGCAAGAAAAAAGCAGAGAUUGCAGCUGAAUAUGGAAUAAAGAAAAAUUCUUUGUCUUCUAUAAUGAAGAAUAAAAACAAAGUUCUAGAAGCUUUUGAAUCUCUGAGAUUUGAUCCAAAGAGAAAAAGACUGAGAACUGCUUUCUACACAGAUCUGGAAGAGGCAUUAAUGAGGUGGUAUCGAAUUGCUCAGUGUCUAAAUGUGCCAGUUAAUGGUCCAAUGUUGCGUCUAAAAGCUAAUGAUUUUGCCCAGAAACUGGGACACAAUGAUUUUAAGUGCAGUAAUGGAUGGCUGGAUCGCUUUAAAUCCAGGUAUGGUUUAGUAUUCAGAGCUCAGCCUGUAGAAGCUACAGGUGUAUCAGUAGACCCUUCAACUGUUUGGCACCAAAAUGUACUUCCUUAUUAUUUAAAUGAUUAUCAUCCUAAAAAUGUUUUUAAUAUAAAAGAGACUGGGCUGCUUUAUCGAAUGUUGCCUACAAAUACAUUUGCAUUUAAAGGAGAAACAUGCUCAGUUGGAAAGUUAUGCAAAGACAGAAUAACUGUGGUGGUUGGGACAAACAUGGACGGCUCAGAGAAACUUCCUUUGCUUAUCAUUGGGAAAAACAGAAACCCACAUUGUUUCAAAGGUAUAAAAUCAUUGCCUGUGUGUUAUGAAGCUAACAGAAUGGCGUGGAUGACCUCAGAUGUAUUUGAACAGUGGAUGCGGAAGCUUGACGAGAAGUUUCAAGCCCAGCAACGAAGAGUAGUAAUUUUUGUUGAUUCUUUUCCUGCACAUCCAGAGGUAAAGAACCUAAAGUCCAUUGAGUUAGCAUUUUUUCCAUCCUGUUUGUCUUCCAAAUUUAUAGCUAUGAAACAAGGUGUUAUUAAAAGCCUUAAAAUCAAAUAUCGACACUGUCUCAUCAAGAAAUUUUUAAGUUCUGUUGAAGGCAGCAAAGAAUUUACAUUUUCCCUGCUAGAUGCAGUUGAUACCUUGCAUCUUUGUUGGAGGGCUGUAACCCCUGAGACUAUUGUCAAGAGCUACGAGGAGGCAGGAUUCAAAUCCCAACAGGGAGAAAGCGACAAGACAAAUGCAGACACCGACACUGGUCUCGAUCUGGUUGCCCACGCCCAAGCAGCAGGAGUAGAAUUUCCUGAAGGUUUAUCUAUAGAAGAGUAUGCCGCCCUGGAUGAUGACCUGGAGACAUGUGAAGCAGCACCAAAUGGUGACGUGGUGUGGACCAAGGAAAGUAAAUCAAAUGAAAGUGGAUUUUAUAUUUCUGAUGAGGAGGAUGAUGGUGGAUCUCUGGGAACUGACCUUCCUUUACCAUCAAAAACCGAGGCAAUAACUGCUUUAGAUACCCUUAAAAAUUUUCUUAGAAGUCAAGAUAUGAAUGAUGAGCUUCAUAAUUCUUUAGCAGACCUUGAAAUUUUUAUUAACUCUUUGUCAUUUAAGUAA